CAGCCCGUCGUUUCCGAGAACCCAUACAUCUUCCACCGUCGGUCUGCCAACGUCCACCUUCCGCGACAGAUGAUGACCCGGGAGGAGACCGAGCACUUUGCCAUUCGGCCGCAGUUCCGAAGCAAGGUCGUCUGUCUGUUAGGCUGCAAACACUGCAGCCGGGUUGUCUGCAAGCGCGGAAUGAAGGCCAUUCUGCUGGCCGACAUGAACGUUGAGCUGUUUUCCACUGAUGCGCCGCCUGUCGGCGUCCAGCUUGUCAAUGACGAUUACCAGACACGCAACUGCAUGUGCCGCAUCCGGGAUGUCGCCUGCCUGGGAUGCGGGAACGUCAUCGGAUACCACGUUACCCAACCGUGCGAGCAGUGCAUGGAGGCCUGCAACAAUGGCCACUUUUGGAUGUUCCAUGUCCAUGAGGUAUCGACUACAGACCGCCUGAACGCAACCGGAACAAAGCCGCUGGUCUGGGCGAGUCUCCCGCGGGCAGACAAGGACUUGGAUCUCAGCACUGAUACUCCGUACGAGUCCAUGUGUCGCUGA